AUGAAUAUUGUGAAGGCAAAUAGCCUGGUGCAUUUGUACAAACAGCUGAAAACUAUUUGGCGUCCACCAGCAGUGCCAGCAAGACUCUGCAGCUUGGCCUCCUGCACUCAUAAAAACAGGAAUGAUGCAUUGCACCCACUUUGGCAGAGUCCGCUUACAAUUCCCGGGGGCACCCGACAGUCUCCUAUCAAUAUUCAGUGGAGAGACAGUGUUUAUGACCCCUUUCUGAAGCCUUUGAAAAUCAGCUAUGACCCAACGACGUGUCUUCACAUCUGGAACAAUGGAUAUUCAUUCCUGGUUGAAUUUGAUGAUUCUGCUGAUAGAUCAACAAUCGUUGGAGGCCCCUUGGAAAACCAAUACAGGCUAAAGCAGUUCCACUUCCAUUGGGGAGCUGUAAACGAGUGGGGUUCAGAGCACACAGUGGACAGUAAAUUUUACCCAGCAGAGUUGCAUUUGGUACACUGGAAUGCUGUUGUGUACCCAACUUUUGAAGAAGCUGUGAUGGAAGGUAACGGCUUGGCUGUUAUUGGAGUGUUUUUAAAGCUAGGAGCACAUCAUGAAGGGCUGCAGACACUGGUUGAUGCUUUGCCAGCAGUUAAACACAAGGACACUGUUAUCGAGUUUGAUGUCUUUGAUCCUUCCUGUUUGAUACCUUCAUGCCCUGAUUAUUGGACCUACGCAGGCUCUUUGACUACUCCCCCACUUACCGAAUCAGUUACGUGGAUUAUUAAGAAGCAGCCAAUAGAGGUUGAUGAGGAUCAGCUGGAGGCAUUUCGGAUGCUGCUCUUUACUUCAGAUGGUGAAGAAGAAAAGAGAAUGGUAGACAACUUUCGCCCUCUUCAGCCAUUAAUGAACCGAACCGUCCGUUCAUCCUUCCAAAGCAGGCACCUCUUGAAUACUGAACUACAGCCCAAGGACCAUGCUGAGCAAAUCGGGCCGUAGAUGGCCCAUGAAAUGUCAGUCCAGACUGCAGUACCUGGAUAUAACUGACGUUAUUUUUUAAUUAUUUUCCCUUUUUCUGCAGUAUGUGUGUGUAUGCUGUACAGUUUCACAGCCAGCCAGCUUCCGUUCUGCUAGGUGCCAUUUGAUCCUCAGCAGAGAAGCUUUUUUAGUUUUGAUUUUUUUAAGAAUAAAAUAAUAUUGACCUUUAACAAACUGACUUGCUUUAAAGCAGGGAUCAAUAAGGAAUUAUUUUGACAGUUAAAGGAAAAACAAGGGCAGGAAAUCUCUUCCCCUGCCUCUUUUCUGAAUUGUUUUGUCUCUCCAAGUGCUCUUUCAGUGACUUGCAUGAAUUAAUAAUCCCAACUAAAAACAUGUUAGCAAGCAGGAAAUGUGAAGAAGUGAAAACUAUUAAUACUGAUCAGGACCUUUUAUGGAAUUGUUUCAGAGGUUUGUGAAGAGAACUAGCUUCUCUAGUCAGAUGUACAGAGACAUUUUAUCAUCUUCCUUUUGCCUUGAUGCUUAAAAUGAUGAGAGGAUGAGGGGAAAAAAUGAUUUAUAGAAUUUAACCUCUUCCAUUCUAUUGACUCCAUGAUCCAUGUUUGAUCAGGAUGCCACAGAACGUCCACUCUAUCGACACCACAAGCCAGAAGACAUUUUCUAAAACAUUAUAACGUAUGUAGAAGCUUUUAGCUUUGGCAGCUUUUUUUUUUUUUUUUUUUUUUUUCUGUAUUAAUAAUGUACCAGGAGAAGAGAACAGAAGAGAAUUCACCAGUAUCUCAAGAUUGGUAAGAGCAUCAUAUUAGGCAAAAAUGUCCAGUUGAUCCUAGGAAACUGAUCACAUCAAAGGAAAGCAAAAUUAGACAAGCCCCAGAUGACUUUCCCAAUGGGAUUGGGGUGGGGAGCAAGAAAAAAAUACUUCUGAAACCUAGUGCAGUGCUAGGAGAGUAUGGACAAAAUGCAGCAUUCAGGUACUUGAAAGAAUUUUUUCAGUAACUCAUAGAGCACCAGUGCACUCUCUUCAGAGAUUUGUCUUAAGACAAAACUUUCUUCUAAAAUGAGUUAUCUAGCUUCAGGACAACUGGGGACCAGAUUGUAUUCCUUAGCACCUUACGGUAACGAAGUUAAGUGGUGAUUGAAAUUUAUUUGUGGCCCAGACAAAAUAUUUGUGUAAGCUGCCAGCUGUGGAGCCUUAUCCUAGAGUUACAGUCCAAUUACCACAAAUAUUAUCUACCUCUGAAGUAUACUACUACUAGUCAUAAUUUUCUCUUGAGCACCUUUUUCACUGGCUUUUUAUGUUUUACUGUAUUUAACAGUGUGCCUGUUCAUGAAAUUGAUGUACAGUCAGGUUUUUUGAUGAGGAGCAGGUCUGUCUGUAAAUUCAUGAUGUGAUCUUGAUUAAUUGUAUCUGAGGAAUCUUGGAGUAUAGAUGUUACUUGGUCUGCUUCUGCCACUAAGCAAAGGCACUGGUUGCUGCUGUGAUUCAGCACAAGUAAAGCCAGGACACUAGCUUCUCAAUGCUACAUUCAGAACUUUAGAAUUGAUCCUUUUUUUUUUUUUUCCUAAGUCCAAGUGUUCAAUUUAAAAGCACUUUACCACUAUUUAGUGUGACCCUGAUGAUUUUAAGGCUUUUGAAUAUUCUUGUUUAACCAGUUAAGUGCCUGGGUCCUGCCUUUGCUUCCUUAAUAGCUCUACCUCAGGCUGUUGAUACGUUGCAACAGUUGUGCCUUUCUUGCCUGGCAAUUUGAAAUGUGGCCACUUAACCUUAGAGUAACCUGGUAAAUGUAAGAAACUUUCUCUUCUAUCCCAGUGUAGUGUACUUAUUUUUACUGUGUAGUAUAUUCAGAAUGGCAGUAUGUAUCUUCUGUAUUAAUACCUCUCCCAAGCCCUUACUGCUCAGUUGAAUCUUACCAUCUUGGUUGAACUCUGCAGAACUAUACCAUCUCAGUUGAACUAUACAGUCCUUGGCAUCAUCAAACUUUUUACAAUGUUCCUGGUCUGCAGAAUCAUAUCAGUGGUGGUUUUGCCAGAGAAUGACAGGUUCCAAACUAAUUUUGGAAGGGAUAUCUACAGUUCUGGCAAUAGCAAAAGAAUUCUUUUGCUUUCUGCCUGAAGGUAUGUGACCUAGUCAUCGUUAAGCUUGAGGUUUUUGUUCAGUGCUGUUCUUGAAAACAUUUUUCAAAGGAGGACCCCAUAGAAAGAUGGCAGUUAUUCAGAACUGGCACAUAUCUUGUCUAUCUUUGUGAUUUUUCUUUUUAUUGCUACUUUUUAUUAGCAGUUAGGAAAAACUGUAAUGUAAAGACAUCUUAAUAUUGCCUUCACAUUUAAAAGUCCAGGCGACUCAGCAGCACAAAGCUAGCUGUAGGUAGCCUGCAUCAAUGUCCCUAUCAUAUACGAGUGGGUCUUUUUAAAACCUUCAUGCAAUUGCUCUAAGUUUUUUUUAGUUGCCUCAGUAAUUUUCACCAAGUUUUUCUGUACCUCUGAUCCACUGAGCUUGUUUCACAAGUUAAUAUAGCUUUCCUAGCAUAUGCAAAUACAAAAUACAUAUUUUGUUCUUAGGGAACUGCUGUGGUGUAAAUGUUUAAUCUUCAAAUGCUUCAUAAUGCUGUAGUAUGUUCAUACCCAACUGAGUUCUCAAUGGUUAGGUUUGCUCCACUGAACCAAAUUUUAUUCCUAGGUGUGCAAAUCUCUUUUUAGCAUGCUCACCACCAUGCAGCCGUCAGAAAUUUAUGUUGAAUAGUCUAUUUUCAGUGAUCCAUUUAAAAUUCUUAUAUUUACUUACUUUGUUGAAGUAUUGUGCUGGAAGUUUUGUUAGAGAAUAGGUAUAUUAUCCAGUCAUACAGUUAAUAAGUUAUACUCCAUACAUAUUUAGAUAAAAUCAAUUAAUUUUAGUUUCAGCACUGAUCACUUCAAAUAUCUGGAACCAGGGUCAACAUAGGAAAAAAAAUUACUGUGCUACAAAUCCCUGUGCUUUACAGGGAUUCUCUGUUACAGUUGUUUUGCUGGAUUUUUUUCAGUCUUGCAUUUAUGUGUUAGUGUUUUAGCAUCUCUGGUUAAGGUAGGCAGUAUCUCAGUUGCAGGGUAGAUUGUUGUUGAAACUAGCAGUCUGGAAAUUAACAGAAAGGUGGGUUUGGGUUUUUGUUUGUUUGGUUUUUUUUAACUUCUAUGUUACAAUGCCUAUAUUGGCCUCACACAAGCUAACUUCAGGAAAAAUAAUUCUAUGUGCCUGCACAUGUAUGUAAAAUGGGAGAUGGGAUAUAAUUCUUUUGCCUUAUUCUCUCAGUUGCGUUUGGGGGGAAAAUUAUUUGAUUUGAUUGUUGGUCUAGAGCUAAUACUUGUACUGAUUUUGCACAACUAAGUUAAACUCUAUUUGAGAGGCAGGAAUCUUUAGGCUCUCCUUUUAGAUGGUACAAUACGGAAGAGUCAAAGCACACAUUUAUAUUUGUCCUUGCAUAGUAGUAAUUUCCAUUACUUAAUACUGUAUUGGGAGGUGUUCCUGUGACAGUAAGUACUAGGAAUUAGAGACUGUAAUAGAAAGAAUUUUGAGGACAGCUUACUGAAAAGGGAGUAGAAGGUUUUUGAGCAUAGAUCUGUGUUGGUCUGACUUUCAACUACCUUUCAGUGUUUCUGUUAAAUGUCACUCUUAUCAGAAGCCUUGUUCUUGGUGACUUCAUGGCUGGAAUGACUUCAUUUGACAUUUGAAUGUUUGAUCCAUAUUCCUACGUUCCAGGACUUUCACACCAGUGUACUUCAGGUGUACACCACCAUGUAAACCUGACCAGUCUUUUGUCAUCUUCUGUCAUGAGUGGCUUUGCAUUGGUAUUUUUACCGCAAGUCUGACAGGAGUGUAUAUUUUGGCUUUGAAAGCUAUAGAAAUGGAGAUUGCUUCGGUCUUACAAAAAUCUACUGGCUUUUAGAGUACUGGAAUUCUACACGGCUUACUUUUAAGGAAGGUUCCCUUUUCUCAACUUUGUAGUGAAUAGUAUUUGCUUUAAAAAUUUGAAUGCCUUAGCUUCGAAUGUCUUAACUUGUAUUUCUUGGCACAUCUUUGCUUUUUUAUUUGUGCGUCUUGUUUUCAUGGCAGUUAUUACAUUGUGUAUUUUAAUGUAGUUAUUACAUUGUGUAUUUUAAUGUAUGUUAUCUACCUAAUCAUAAUUGACUGAAAUAAUUGUCUUUGUAGACAACAUCCGUAAGAGGGAAAGCCUUGUUUUCCUAGGAUACAGGCCUUUUGUCUCAGUUUUUACCUGAUGUAAAGGAACUUCUGGCUGUUAGAUUUUAAACUAUUACAUUUGUGUGUGACUAUGCAAUAAAGAAACAGAAACCUGUGCCUGUAUCUCAUUGUGUAAUUAAGCACUCCAAGUUUAAAAGUAGAUUUUCUGUCAAGAAAAUAAUACAAUUCCUCCUCUGAGAAUGAACCAGUUCAUUAUGAGUGGAGUCUAAUCAGAUGUCAGACAUUCUGUGAUACUUAAAAGCUAUGAAAGACUGCUGAACUGUAUUAUAAUUGGAAUGAAAGAACAAUGACCUCUCUGUUGCAGCUGUACUGAUGGAAGGAUAUCUAAUUAUUUGUUACAUUCAGCUAGAUGCAACAUGCCAUCUAAAAUGGGAUUCUAAAGUUUGAGGAUCUUUGCUAAACUACUUGAUUUGACACUGAUCAUUAAAUUCAACUUGUCAACUAAGCUCCUUUUUGCAUUGUGUAAUUGGUCUUGAUAAAACCAAGCAUUGGUCUGAUGUGUGGUGUAACUCUCGAGGGUUUCACAUUUAGUGGUUGUGGCUACGAGGACCUUAUCAGAUAACCUGAAAAAAACUUUGAGUAAAAUAAAUUGCUCUUUUCAAUAAAGAUUGGCUAAUCAGGUGAAA